CGACGGCGGAUCCUCGUAGAUCAGCACUUGUCCUUAACCUGACAUGAAGCUCAUUGAGCGAUAAUCUUUUCUAGUAAAUACAGUUUAGCGGUAUUAGUGUCACAACAGCACUAUGUCUCUGGCGGCGGAGGCUUUCGUGUCGCAGAUGGCAGCUGCUGAGCCUUGGCCUGAAAAUGCCACCUUAUACCAACCACUGAAGGAGGAUCAGAUUCUGCUCUCAGAUCACGCCUCGUCUCUUGCAGUUCAGGCCUACCUCAGGAUGUGCGCUCUCCCAGUGCAGGUGGUUUGCAGAGCAAACGCUGAAUUUAUGUCACCAUCAGGUAAAAUUCCCUUCAUUCAUGUUGGGAACCAGGUGGUUUCAGAACUGGGGCCCAUUGUGCAAUUCACCAAAGCAAAGGGUCACUCUCUGAGCGACGGCUUGGAUGAUGUUCAGAGAGCUGAGAUGAAAGCGUACAUGGAGCUUGUUAACAACAUGCUGCUGACUGCUGAGUUGUACAUUCAGUGGUGUGAUGAUCCAACAGUUGCUGAAAUUUCCCGCCCCAGAUACAGCAGUCCGUACUCGUGGCCUCUCAGUAAAAUCCUCGCCUAUCAGAAGCAGUGGGAGAUUCGCAGGAAGAUGAACGCCGUCGGCUGGGGAGGGAAAACGCUUGAGCAGGUCUAUGAAGAUGUGAGUCAGUGCUGCCAGGCUCUCUCUCAGAGGCUGGGGACGCAACCGUACUUUUUUAGCAAACAGCCUACUGAGCUGGACGCACUGGUCUUUGGUCACCUCUUCACCAUACUGACCACCAGUCUGACCAGCAACGAGCUGGCAGAGAGGGUCAAGGGCUACAGCAACCUGCUGUCCUUCUGCAGGCGCAUUGAGCAGACCUACUUUGAAGACAAGAGCUCUUUGAAGGACUGAGAAACGACAUUAUCUUGUACAGUCUGCAUUUCCUUCUCUCAUUCCUCUGAUUUUAGCACGUAGCAGCUACAAAUCUGCCCUGUUUGCUUUCUGCUUGCACAGACAAAUACGACUCUUUCAGAUUUAGGAUGUCUAACCCUCAUCUGAAUAAAUACGUCAGAGGUGGGAGUUGUUUAAUAUAAUCCAAGUAUCAGAAUCCUAUAAAAUCUGUCCUUAAGGUAAUUAUCAGCAUGAAAAUUGUGUAAAACAAACUCAAAAAAGCUUGCAGGGUUUAAGCAUCGGGGUUAAAGGCACAUCCGCUUGAAUGGUUGAUGAAAUGGAGGCAUUUAUUUAUUGACACUGUACUUUUUUACAAUUUGCGCUCUUUAUUUUGCUGGAAAUCAGUCCCAGUUUCCAUCACUGCACUUUUUCAGUCUCGCACACACUUUGAAAAGUACGGAUUUCCCAGCUGUGCAACAUGACCGACUUUCAGAAGGCACAACUCCACUUGACCUCAGUUGGAGGUCAAAUGGUCUGCAUUUUUUUUUCCUCCUGGGACAGUUGUAAGCUUGUAAGAAAUGCAAAACAGUCUUGGCAUACGCAGCAAAUCAAGAGCAUUUUUAAUGCACAAAAAACCUUGACGUAGUGAUUUUAUUUGAGUUUUUCCACAUUGUGUUAAAAGUGCCUACAAAAUACAUUCAGACCCCAAUAAAAUGUUUCAACUUCAACACGUGUUUUUUCAUGGUGGACUCGACCUUGAUUAACAGUCGAAAACAGCUCAGAGUAAAAACAACAUCUCCAUGAAGUCUGCGUUCUGGUUUUGGAAGCACACACUUGAAUGUGUGUUUCUGCCUCCAGGUCUCAUACAAGCUCAUUGGUGAUGUCUGGUCACCUCCGACUGCCCUCCUGUUGACCAGGUUGUGUGUCUGUGGGACAGACGGGGUGAGCGUCUGUCUUCCAGGUUUCCUGUGAGGUCAGGGUUUGACCUGUGAACUUCCUGGAGCUGUGACAUCAUGAGCGAUGACCCACACUGACCAAACGUGGCACAACUGGAGGUCAGCAGGCAGUUAACACAC